AUGCUCACCCCUAUCAGCCUCUCCGACAAUGUCCUUCUUGACCCCCGACAUAGUCCAUCCCAAUGCCAUCAGCAGCAUCAGGACCCACGAUACCCUUCCAUAGGAACUGGUGGGAUACAGCACGGACUUGGAAUCUCUGGAACCUCCGCACUAAGCUAUGUGCAGCCUGGAAUACCUUCAUAUGAUCCAUUUCAUCGGUCCAUGAUGGGCAGUAUAACAGACCACGAGUCUGCUGAGUACGGAAGGGAGAGAGCACACAUGAGAACCACUAGAGCACCAUCACACACUCCAUCGCAUACACCUGUGCAUAUGAGACCUACUCCAGUUUCUAUUGCCCCCAAUCCAGAUGGUCUCAGACAACUAGAACAAGAAAGACAGAGUUGUCAAGAUGAACAACCCCAGCGUAACCCCAGACGACGUCGACGCACUCGAAAGAGAUCAACGCAGCUAGAAGAAGAAACAGACUACGCUAUAAACCUUAGAAAUGAAGGGUAUGCGUGGAAGGAGGUUGUGUCAAGGGUUAACUACCGAUUCAAUGCCAAUUAUACCGCGUCUCGCCUUCAAAUGCGCAUUACACGUCGAUGGCAACGGAUGAUAAAAGGAUGGUCUGAGGAUGAUAUUCGAGCGCUUCGGAAUGCUCAUUCGUACUGGGAGACUGAAAAAUUCGAGAUAAUAUCACAGAAGAUACAAGACUUUGGCGCUACAAAAAGAUGGACUCCUUCACAGUGUGAACAAAAAUGGGAAUUACUUCAAACGCACAGUCGAGCUCUAGAAACUAGCCCGAGAGACAUAGAAGAACAGGAACCGGAAGCAGAAGCAGAAGCUGAGGCCGAUGAUGAUGACGAAGACUAUCAAUCAAAACGCUCUCGGACACAAUAA